AUGAUUGUUAUGUCAUUGCUAAUGACCUUGGCAAGAUAUUACCUUCGUAAUAUUACAGAGAAGUGCUACGAUUGUAAUAUUAUCGAUGAGGCGAUUGCAGCUGUGUCGACGUCAUUCGGCGGUGUAACUUGUGCAUUUCUAUAUUCAACGAGUAAAACGCCAGACGUAUCAAAAAUGAGUGAAAAAGAAUUGGAAUUAUAUAAAUUGUACCGCCCUGAACGAGAAUUACCAAAGAUUCGUGGAACCGAUUUACUAAAGGAUCCUCGUUUAAAUAAGGGAAUGGCAUUUAGCCUUAAGGAACGACAAUAUCUCGGUCUUCAUGGAUUAUUACCACCAGCUUUCAUGACAGAAGAACAACAGGUAUAUCGUGUUAUUUCAAAACUUCGAGCUCAACCGAAUGAUUUGGCCAAAUAUAUUCAACUUGACGGUUUACAAGAUCGCAAUGAAAAAUUAUUCUACCGAGUUAUAUGCGAACAUGUUAAAGAACUAAUGCCAAUCGUUUAUACUCCAACAGUUGGCUUAGCGUGUCAAAAUUUUGGUUAUAUCUAUCGAAAACCAAAAGGCAUUUAUGUAACAAUCAACGAUGAUAGCAUAAGUAAAAUUCAUCACAUUCUUAGCAAUUGGCCAGAAAACGAUGUGAGGGCCAUCGUCGUCACUGAUGGUGAAAGAAUUCUUGGUUUGGGUGAUUUGGGCGCAUAUGGUAUUGGUAUACCCGUCGGCAAACUUGCUUUAUAUGUGGCCUUAGGCGGUGUGCAACCGAAAUGGUGUCUUCCAGUUCUGUUGGACGUUGGCACCAAUAAUGAGAAAUUGCUGAAAGAUCCGUUUUACAUCGGUUUACGUCGUCAACGAGUUCGUGGUGAAGCUUAUGUGAAAUUCGUUGAUAAUUUUAUGAAGGCUGUCACCAAGAAGUUUGGCCAAAAUACACUCGUCCAAUUCGAAGACUUUGCCAAUGUUAAUGCGUAUCCUUUCCUUGAUCGAUAUCGAAAUAAAUACACAGUAUUUAAUGAUGAUAUCCAAGGAACGGCUGCGGUUUGCCUUGCUGGGCUUCUUUCGUCUGUUCGAUCCGUUAACAGAUUGCUGUCGCAGGAGAAAAUUGUAUUCCUUGGUGCUGGAGCUGCAUCAACUGGCAUUGCCGAUCUCAUUGUAAUGCAAAUGGAAAGUGAAGGAUUGUCGAAAGAAGAAGCACAAAAUCGAAUAUUUUUAAUGGAUAGUAAAGGUCUAAUUACAAAAACAAGAUCGGAACCAAUCAAGGAAAUGCACAAUCGUUUUGCUAAAAAUAUACCUCCAACAAAAUCAUUGCUUGAGGUGAUUGAAACUAUUCAACCGACGGCCAUUAUAGGAGCGUCAACGAUUAAGGGUGCUUUCACCGAAGAAAUCAUUCGUACCAUGGCCAAAAUCAAUGAACGACCUAUAAUAUUCUCUCUGUCGAAUCCGACCAAUAAAUCGGAAUGCACAGCAGAAGAGGCUUACCGCUUUACAGAUGGACGAGUAUUAUUCGCGAGUGGCAGUCCAUUUCCAAACGUGGAACUGAAUGGGAAAAUUUUCAAACCGGGACAGGGAAAUAAUUCGUACAUUUUCCCCGGGGUGGCUCUCGGAAUAAUAUUGUUCAAAGUUAGACACGUCGGCGACGAUAUUUUCCUUCUUGCUGCUCGAGCAAGUUUUAUUUGCUUUUUUCAUUCCUUAGUUCUUUUCGCUAAUGCAGAAAUUUUGACGAAAUAUAAAGUUGCUUCAUGUGUGAGCGACCACGAUUAUUCCGUCGGGCGAAUAUUUCCACAUCUGAAGAGAGUGCGCGAGAUUUCCAUACAAAUAGCUGUCGAAAUGGCGAAAUAUUGUUACAAAAAUGGCACAGCUGAUUUAUAUCCACAACCCGAGGAUUUGGAGCAAUUUGUUAGAGCGCAAAUAUACUCCACAUCUUAUGACGAAAUGAUUAAUGUUACAUAUGACUGGCCAGCAAAUGAUAUGAAACAUGGCUUUCCUGUACCGCCAACCAGUAACGACAGCUCCGAAGAUGAAUAA